CUUCCGGGAUCUGCCUCCCCCGUCUGCACCCUGCCCGCCUGCUCCCGCGCCCGGGCGGCCAGCGCCGCAGCAGCCCCUGCCAGCCAGCGCCGGCGGCCGGGCCCAGGUUGCGGCGGAGUCCGCCAGGGCCAUGGGGCACCCGCCGCUGGAGUUCAGCGAUUGCUACCUGGACAGCCCCAAUUUCCGCGAGAGGCUGAAAUGUUACGAGCAGGAGCUGGAGAGGACCAACAAAUUCAUCAAAGACGUGAUUAAAGACGGGAACUCGCUGAUCAGCGCUAUCAAGAAUUACUCCUCUGCUGUGCAGAAAUUCUCCCAGACUCUGCAGUCCUUUCAGUUUGACUUCAUUGGGGACACGCUAACAGAUGAUGAGAUUAAUAUUGCUGAAUCCUUUAAGGAAUUUGCAGAAUUGCUCCAGGAGGUAGAACUUGAGAGAUCAAUGAUGGUGCAAAAUGCUAGCGAUUUGCUGAUUAAGCCACUGGAAAAUUUCCGUAAGGAGCAAAUAGGAUUAACGAAAGAAAGGAAGAAAAAAUUUGAGAAGGAUGGUGAGAAACUUUAUUCAUUGCUGGAUCGCCAUUUGCAUUUAUCAUCUAAGAAGAAAGAAUCCCAGUUACAGGAGGCUGACUUGGUCGUUGACAAAGAGAGACACAAUUUCUUUGAGUCAUCACUUGAAUAUGUGUACCAGAUCCAGGAAGUGCAGGAAAGCAAGAAGUUCAGUAUUGUGGAGCCAGUUUUGGCCUUUCUACACAGCCUCUUUACCUAUAACAACCUGACAGUCGAACUCACGCAGGAUUUCCUUCCUUAUAAACAGCAACUUCAGCUCAGCCUGCAAAAUACAAGGAAUCACUUUUCCAGCACACGAGAGGAGUUGGAAGACCUGAAGAAAAGGAUGAAAGAAGCUCCCUUGACAUGCAAACUACCUGGGCAGCCAACCAUAGAGGGUUAUCUCUACACUCAGGAGAAAUGGGCCCUUGGCAUAUCUUGGGUGAAAUAUUAUUGCCAGUAUGAGAAGGAGACAAAGACAUUAAGGAUGACUCCUAUGGAACAGAAGGCUGGAGCUAAGCAAGGCACCUUAGACUUGACCUUGAAGUCCUGUGUAAGGAGAAAAACUGAUUCUAUAGACAAGAGGUUUUGUUUUGACAUUGAAACCAAUGAAAGGUCUGCAACCAUCACAUUGCAGGCUCUUUCAGAAGCUAAUAGACGGCUAUGGAUGGAAGCCAUGGAUGGAAAGGAGCCAAUCUACCACAGUCCCAUCACGAAACAGGAAGAGAUGGAGUUGAACGAGGUUGGCUUCAAGUUUGUAAGGAAAUGCAUCAAUGCAGUAGAGACGAAAGGCAUCAUUACUGAGGGCGUGUAUCGAACCGUUGGCAGCAAUAUCCAGGUGCAGAAGCUUCUGAAUGCGUUCUUUGAUCCAAAAUGUCCGGGGAAUGUGGAUCUCCAAAGCAAUGACUGGGACAUCAAGACCAUUACCAGCUCAUUGAAAUUCUACCUCAGGAACCUGUCUGAGCCCGUCAUGACAUACAAGCUCCAUAAAGAGCUGGUCUUGGCUGCCAAGUCUGAGAAUCUGGAUUACAGGCUGGGAGCCAUUCACUCGCUAGUUUAUAAACUACCUGACAAGAACAGAGAGAUGUUGGAACUCCUCAUACGACACCUGGUCAACGUGUGUGAACACAGCAGAGAGAAUUUAAUGUCACCAUCUAACAUGGGGGUGAUAUUCGGCCCCACUCUCAUGCGGGCUCAGGAGGACACCGUAGCCGCAAUGAUGAAUAUCAAAUUCCAGAACAUUGUGGUUGAGAUCCUCAUCGAGCACUUUGAAAAGAUCUACUCUGGCCCGCCAGAGGACAAUGCAGCUCCCCCAGUGCCUCCUCCCAGGGUAACCGCCCGUAGGCACAAGCCCAUCACAAUUUCCAAGCGCCCUUUGAGGGAAAGGCCUGUCUUCUUUGGUGGUUCUGUGGAAGAAAAUGAAGGUGACAGCCAUAACCAGACUCCUAAUGGCACCAUCAUCUGUAACAGCACAGAAGCUCCCAAGCCACUUCAUCGCAACCGAAUGCCCAUGCCACGAGCAGGGGAGGCUGAUCCUGGGAGGCCUGGCUCAGACCACAAGCUGGAACAGUAUCUGGAGGUGGAUGUAGGGAAGCUGGUGUCCAAACUGCAGGAUGGGGGAUCUAAGGUUGCCAGCAAGGCUGCAAAUGGUAUGGUGACAGGCACUGCUGCUUUAAAGACCACCACUCUCCACACAAAGAGGCCUGCCCCCAGGCCUGUGAUUUACAGCAAGGAGGGUGAUUAUGACAGCUUUACUAAAGCACGAUCCCAUGGAGACAAGCCAGUGAUCACACGUCCUCCAGUGAGACCCCCUGACCCUCCCUGCCGAGCCCCCACACCCCAGAAGCUGGAGCAGAAGCCAGAGCUAAUAGCAGGAGGAGCAGAGGAAAUGCCAUCAUCUGUAGUGGCCUCCAGAACCAAGUUCUUUGAGACUGCUUCCCAGAGGACAAGCAGCUCCUCAUCACCUCAAGGCAGACUCCCAAAUGAUGAGAGCUGAGGUUAACGACAUUUCACUAACCAAUCCUGGCUGGUUCCAGGUAGUUCUCCCAGCAUCUGAAAUGGCCUCUCCAACCACCCAGAUGGUUUGAGCCUGCGUGAUGUGGCCAUGGAGAGCAGCUAUCCCACCAGACACUGACUUUGGGGCAUACUAUUAUGAACAGUCCAGGGAGUUACAGGAGAGGGGGACAAAACAGCAGGAAGAUCCAGACCUAUUGUUUGUUAAAUGAAAUGUGCAUCUUGAAUUCUUUUUGCCACACACACCCCUGAGCUCCUGCAUUAAGCAGUGAGUAAAGGAUGCUUGUCAUGUAGGGUGAUAAAUCUUAGGUUUGAUGCUGACUAGUGGAAGGUGACCCAGUCUGCAGAGCUGGGCAGAGGAUGACUGAUAUGUCCUAAAAGGAAUAACAGAGAACUCUGGGUGUUGUCUGCACCCUGACCCUUUAACAGUUUUGCCCUGGAAGGACUUUCAGCUCAAAUGGACUUGCAGCCAAAAAGCAAGCUACAGAUUCGCAGAGCUUGAGUACCAGGACGGAGUGGUCUGAAGUUUGAACUGGACCAUCUUAUUGUCAGAAACUACUUGCUAUGACGCACCAUUUUCAAGAAAGCCUGUUUUCAUUCCUGAGUCAUUCUGUUGUGUUGUUCCAAUGGUUAACGAUGCAGUGUGUAUUAAUGAGAACACUGCUAGUGCUAAGGAUGGGGUUUCAUGCCCAGCAUUAAGGGCACUCCUGUUACCCAUCGCUACCCCACAGCAUGCCCCUGUACUGCAGAGGCAGCUACCAUGUGUGUUAGUAAACAUAGCUGUGCCUGGUGUCUUUCUGAGUAUUUAAAGUAAGUGUUUUUCCAAAAAGUACCAGCUUGGUCACAGUCUCUUGAAGCUGAAAAAUGCCAGGCCCUUUUGCUCCAUGCAUCCAUCUUUAUUCUGCUCUCAUUAAACUUCUUCACCAGGCUACGCAGAUGCAAGGAGAGUAUCAGUCCUGUUUCUAUUUUACUUUGCCAGAACCUGGAGGAUUAGACUCACUGGACUGGGAACAACAUUCCUGAGAAGCACCCGUGUGUCUGGGUAUUUGCCUCAGACCUUUUCUCCACAGCAGCAGCUGCUGUUAUAUUGCACUCUUAAUCUGUAAGGGAGAUAUGUUUCCCUUAACUGUGGCUAUUGCUUGCACCUCUGUUAAUGAUGUAGAUCCAUGUCAUGGUUCCACUGAAAGCCAGUGAUGAUCCCAUGAUACGGUACUUAAAUAGAAUUGCCCAAUAAGCGGCUUCCAACUCCCCCCAUGGGCUGAAGCACCUUCCCCAUCACCAGCUACUGUCCUCAUGUCCUGUGAGUGUUUUCUAAUCAUUCCCAGAAACUGCUAGCCUGUUAAUUAGAAGUUCCAUGUUAUAACAAACACCCUUUUGCAAGGGUGAUGGUUUGGAACCAAAGCAAACAUCCUUGGUGUAUGCUUCAGCUGUGACUGGGGUGCAAACUCUGAUUUGCCAAAGUGUGUGCAAAUUGUUGUUCCUUUGACUGCUGUCCUUGCUGCCUGUCUUGUUGUGCAUCUAGUAUACAAUGCUGCGUCAUUACUGAAUGUCAUUCUGGCCUUUACCAGGUACUGCAGUGGCGUGUGAAUGGUGCGGCUGCUCCCUGUGGCUGCAGUUCCAUGCUCUCAGCUGGCAGUCCUGUAUAUACGUGCUUAUAAAAAGUGGCAGAAAAAUAUGAUGUAAACAGCAGUAUUGCGUUAGGUACAUCAGUGUGCUGGUGUUUUUAAAUUGUGAUCAGCUUGGCUCAUUCUUUGAAGAAAAGCACUCUCAAUGCCAAGGGAAUGGAGCAGGUUCUGUUUGAAUCAAGUUAUUACAAAUCCACACAGAAAAAAUGACGCCAGACUAUCUAGCAGAAAUGGGAAGCUGGUGGGCAUAGGAGGGAUGAAGUCAAGGGCUUUUAUCUAGAUCAGAAUUACUCUACUCUUAGUGGGAAAUCCGGUCUGCUGUCUGUAAACCAAUUGCAGUUGAUAUCAGUGGAAUGGCACCUUCUUAAGUCAGGCAUGACUUUGGCUCUGAAUCUCUCAUUGAGGAGGGGAGUCAUUGCCACCGCUUUGGGGUGACUGCUUCAAAAGACAACAGGUGAGCGCCCUUUAUUGGUUUGUUGACAGAUGUUACUGAAGCCAAAAUUUCUUGAGGUAUCCUGUAAGUCCCUUUCCUUUCUCAUGUCCUGGUGCCAAGAUAUUUACCAGAAUUUGCAGAUUUAUUGGAAUCUGAUAAGCCAUGACAUGAGUGCUUCUACUAUGGCCUCAAACAUGUAACCUCUAGGCUGUGAGCCACGCACCUUAUCACUCAUGCCACUUCAACCCUCAUCCUUUGAGCAUGGGUACAGGUGAAUGAAACACUUCAGGUCUGGAUUUUCAGUAAUGUUAUAAGCACCCACACUUUUAUUAAUAUCAAAGAGAGAUGUAGAUGCUGCACAUAAAAAACAAGGCUCAUAAUAGUUUAAUAUUAGGCCCAAGGAAGUAGAGACUCCCAGAAUUCGUAGCGCCAUUUGAAAAUAUGGCCAACACUUCCCAACACAGACAAUGCUGAGGGGCAAAAAAGGAAGUAAAGCAACUUGUUCCCAGUUCAUUUUUCUGGCACCAGAUACUUGAGGGGGUGUAACUGAAGAGGGACUAGUAUUUGUCAAUGGACCUGGAACAGAGAACAAAAUCAGCAGAGAAAGAGGCUUGGUUGCCAAAUUUCCGAAAUUCUAAACGAGAGAAGACGGCAGUUAAUUGGAAACAUACACAAUGGCAUCCAUUUCAGUUUAUUUGUCUUGCGGCUGUGCUCUUUUUUUUCCCCUGCCAUUAGCACAAGUGAAUGUUUGGGGACUGUGCAUUCACUUGUAAAUCAGUAUGUAAGAUGUUCUUCUGUGAUUUUUUUGGGGAAACAUUUCAUGCCUGUGACCAGGACCUGAGCUUAUAGAAGUCACCUGGACACUUGCAGUGCUGUACUGAGUGUCAAAGCACCAUGUGCCAUCAGCUGCCUGAUCCAGUUUGCUUUGUAAAAGUUUAUGUUAGCUGUAAUGGUUAUGAAGUUUCCAUGAAGUAAAAAUCCAGGAUGUGUGUUUCAG